UCUCAGACGUACUCGCGAUCACUUGGGUCGGAGAAAAGCUCGCGAUUCAGCUGUGCAAGCAAUCGAAACUGCGUCGCGUUCGCAAUUACAAACAGUAAAUAAUUACAAAAUAUAAAAAAAAACAAACGAACUGGCCAGCGCCCAUCUGCCACAGAGGAUAUAUCGCUCGAUCCUCCCUGCCAAUAUCACAUAAAGUUAACACAAGCAACGACCAUCGGCACGUCCAUUCAACCGUUCAGCGAAACCCACGCAAAAACGACACAAAAUCUCAAAACACAAAUCGUGAUAAAUUUUCGGUAAAUUGUGCAAACGUUUUUUCGACUAAUUAAAAUUUGACGUGCAUACCAAAACUCCAACUUCGACAGCCUUUAAAGCGAAUAAUAUAAAUUGCAAAUAAGCAAAUUUUCGCGACGACACUUGGCAAGUGAAAUAAUAACAACAAACGGGGAACAAAAGCCGCAAAAACGAACCCACAACCAAUACAAAAUAAACGUAAUUAGAACUGCGCAAAUUACUAAGAACUGCAAAAUCGUUUGUUCUCCCCCACACUAACGCACGAGGAAUGCUGUUUUGAGCUAAAAACCAUUUAAAUUGCAGAGCUUAAAUGGAAAAUGCGCAGAGUUCAAACAGUUCAAACAGAUGAGACUGUCACACAAAGAGUUUACUUAGGGUUGCGAUUCUUCCGAAAGAAGACCCGACAGGAGAGAGAAAAGCUAAGACAGAGACAGAGACAGAGAGUGAAAGAGAGGAACCAAACCCAAGGAUAUACCCCUGAUAUCCAAUCCCCGAUCGAAGAUGCAAACUGGAGCUCAUAGCACAAAUGGAGGACCACGGGUCAGCUUUAAUCGGGAUGUGCACGUGAAGCGGAUAGGCAAGCAUCCCAGCGAGUACGAGUCGUCGUCGGGUAACCAGCCGAGCUACCACCAACUGCCCAAGGACAUCGAUCCGGCGGACAUUCGCAAGGAGGCUGCCCUGGUGAUCGCCCAGGCUGGCAGGCACCACAGCAAGGCCGAGAACGGCGAUCACAUACCCAACUUCCGGGCCAAGCAGAAGCGUCAUAGCCAGCCCAGUGACUUCCAUUCGCUGCCCACGCGACGCAAGAAGGGCAAACCGGUGACGCGGAGUGCCAGUGACGCCUCCAACGCCACCGCCAAGAAGUCGACCAUCAAACGGCCCUCGAUCUUUGGCCUAUUCAGUCGCAGGAGCGACACGAAUGUCAGCCAGCUGGAGAGGGAUCCGCGAUUCGAGGACGGCGGCGCCCGGCGUUUAGUGCGCAGCAAGAGUGAUGUGGGCAGUAGCAAACUAGCCCGGCGAGACAAGGCAGACAAAGCAGACAAGGUAGACAAGGAAGACAAGUCCACCAGCCAGUCGAAGCAGCAGCUGAGCCCCAUUAUCGAGCAGUCGCAGCGGGAGGACUUCUUCGAGCAGGACUAUUUCCGGGAACGGGAGCGCCGCAAAUCAGACGCCGUCACGCCGCGCGAAAAGGAUGAAAGUGGUCGCGGCCUGAGCGAAUUGCUGGCCCGCAGUCGCUCCCAGGCGGAGCUAGACGGCCCGCUCCUCCUGUCGGGAGGCGCCGGUCCCACCGCCAUUUCGGCGGGCAUCCGCGACCGCAUCGAGACGCUGCAGGCCAAGUCCGGCGAGAAUAUGCACAGCAGCCAGCAGCCGGCGGAGCGUCUGCCGCUGACCAAGGGACGCACCGUCGACGGCCUGGUCAAGCGGCUGUCCAUGGAGCGCUUCUCGCCCCAGCCGGUGAUCAGCCAGCCGGCCUUCUCGUACAUCCGGCCCAACGAGGGCAUCACCUAUGCCCAGUUGGACCUGGGCGAGGAUCAGCUGAGGCGUUCGCCCCCGGACCGGGAUGUGCGUACGCCGCAGCGGGAGUUUGCUCCGACCAGACCGCCAAGAUCCAGCGAUGUGCGGCCCAGCUACUCGCCCACUUCAAAUGGCAUGCCGCUGGUCAACAGACCCAGUCAUUCACCCUCGCCCUGGCAGCAGUUGAGUCCUCGCAAUCUGAGCGAUGAGGACGAGGGCUUGGGCUAUGAGCCCAGGAAGGCCUACUACGAGGAGGAGUUCCCACAUCCCCCUCAUCCACGAUCGAGGGGCACAGAAGCGCCCAUAGUGCCGGUCAUCAGGAGUGUCAGUCCCGCGCCCUAUCUGGAUGAGUUGGGCUACCGGCGGGCCCAGCUGGAGACGCGCAUCUUGACGCGUCGUUUCGGGGAGGGAGCCACCCUGGAGAGGAAUCGGGAGCUGGGCGGCAGACCCACUCCCGACCGCGAACCAGAGCGCCACCAUCGCCCUGUGCGCCACGAGCUGUCCCAGGAGUACACGCCAGAGUCCAGGGCCCAAACCCAAACACAAAUACAAGCCCAUACCCAAGUGGACAGUGGCGCCACGCUGCCCAGAAUGGAGAAGACCUCUCGCUACCGGCACACCAAGUACUACGACGAUGGCCAUGGCGGGGUGAAGGAGACCUAUGUGCGGGAGACGCAGCGGGAUGGCCAGGUGCGGGAGUCGCGGCAUCGCGAACGCAUCGGCGAACGGGAGCGGGACUAUAACUCGGCGGACCGGCUGGAGCAGGAGCCCAAGAGCCUGGACUCGCAGCUGACGGAUCAGUACCGAUCCUCGCCAGAGCUGCGUGCGCAGCACUCGCAGCAGUCACAGCCGACUCACCAGCAGCGGGAUCGGCGGGAGGACUACUGGCAGAGCAGCCUGAAGCGGGACAAGCUGCAGCAGCGCAGCUUCGACAAGGGCGACUCCGGCAUCGAGAACGACUUCCGCAAGGAGUCCUUCAACGGAAAUGGAGACUUGACCACGAGAUGGCGCAAACGCACAGUCCUCGAUGACAUGAGGGCCUGCGAGUCGUUCCUGCGCAAGGAGCGGCGGGACAGUGCCCAGCAGCGGCAGUUGCAAAGGCAGCCGUUGACGUCGCGCCUGCGCCGUGAGCACAGCUACGUUUACAGGGAACGCUCCAUCGACGAUGGCUCCCACUUCGAUCCGCACCUGGACAAGUACCCGGUGGCCACCAGCACACUACGUCGCCGGGAUCAGCACUCCCAGUCCCAGUCCCAGUCACACCACCCGUUGCAGACCCAAAAGAGCGAGGAUUCGAGCACCCUGAAGCGAAACAAGAAGCUGGGCGGCUUCGAGAAGGUCAAGCAGCUGUUCACGGGCGCCGGAGGAGCGGGCGGCAGCAACGGGGGCAGUGGUCGCAGCAGCGGCAGCAACGUGUCCAGCGGCAAGAAGGAUCGGAUGAGCAACGGGAACAGCAGCACCCUCAGUCGCCGCGACAAGGACAAGGAGCGGGAGAAAGAAAAGGAAAGGGAGCGGGAGCGGGAGAGGGAGCGGUACAUGGUCAGAGAGGAGGAGAUGCGGUCGCGGUACCGCGAGCAUCACAACUCCGCCCAGGAGACCUCACGCGAACCAAAGACUAUCGAUAUCUCGAUGCGACGCCGACUGUCCACGCCCAAAGCUAGUCCUCUGCUGUUGAAGCGCAGUCCAGCGGACAAGCCGCCCAAGAAGUUGCCAAAGGCAAAGGAGUCGCCGCCGGCGAAGGUCGAGAAGACGAGCUGGUUCAGAUCGCUGGACCGCCGGGCCAAGAGCAGUCCCAAGGAGCUCAAUGUAUCUGUCAAUGGACACAGUGAGACCACUUCGAGCCUGAAACGGACCAAACGCAAUGCCGCAGCUGCUCCAGCCAAGAAUCUGCGCUUCUUUGGCGACACCGACCUGGACUCCAAUCCGCCGACCAUUUCCAAGGUCAACAGCAUGCCCAGGAGUCGUCCGUCGCUGGGCCAGUCGAAGCACUCGCAGAGUGCCUACCACCUGGACCGGAGUCCUCCGCCUCCAGCCCGUGACUAUCGCCACUCGCUGGCUGGCCAGGCACAGAUCCAGAGCCAGAGUCAGAGCAACGCUAGUCGACAGCGGGCCAGCUCCAUGCAGCAUCUGGACAAUGGCAGCGACGAGGUGGACUUCCGCAAGAGGCGCCACUACUCGCGCUCCCGCGAACUGCACGACAUCUCGGAGAGCGGAUCGGAGCCGGAGCCAGCGGAGCGGCACAAACGGAGCAGCACGGCUGGCCAGCGGGCCAUGUCGCUGGAGAGGACGGUGGACGGACCGCGUGGCCAACGGAUCGAGGAUCGUCCGCUGCUGGGGCCACCGAAGCCGGCCAGAAGUGCCGAGCGUCGCGGGCUGCUCAACAGUUUGGGCCAGGAGAAUGUGGGCUACGGCAGGGAUCGCUAUCCGGCGGAGAGCUCCGGCACCGAGGGCGAGUCCAGUCUGCACAGCCAGCGCAGCGUGGUCUAUCUGCAUGCCACCACGGUGGGCGACAUCCCACAGCCAUACAACCUGCGGCGGCGGUCCAUGUCGCGCGAUGACCUUCGCAAGGGCAAGCAGCAGGCGCCCCAGCAGCCGCCGCCCCUCCAGCCCAUGACCCGCACCGUGUCCAGGUCCGUCUCCAUGCUGGCCCCCUGGAAGCCCAAGCACAUCAGCGAGGGCUACGAGAUCAACUACUCCCAGGAGCAGAACAAGCGGAUGUCCACACUGCCGCGAAAGCCGCCGCCGCACAAUGGAGCCACCAGUGCCAGCACUUUGAGCCGGGUGGGCCGCAAGAACGAGUCCUCCACGUCGACGCGCCGCUACCACAUGGACAACCUGGAGCGCCCGCCGCCGCCGCGGUCGGUGCUCUCCGCAUCGAAUUUACGCAGCGCCAGGACGAAGUGAGAGGACGUCCAGGACCCACGACGCCUCCACCAGGUGCUGCUCCACUGUGGAGGUCCCGAACCCAACCACACCUAGUUGCUAGUUGUAAUCAUUAAUGCGAACUUGAAACGUAAUUCUAAUCAAUUCAAUCGAUGAAAAAGGAGGAGGAUUUGCAUCCUGCUGAGAUGCGAUGUCCUCGCUUAGUUGCGUAGCAUUCUUUAACCUUUGUUGCAAUUCUCGUCAUAUUUUAAAUGUGAAAUGUAUUCGUACUCCAGUAAUAAUUAUAAAUUAAUAAAAUAUCAG